AUGGAGACAUACAUAAAUGACUCCUUGGCCGCAGGCAUCAUUCGUCCCUCUUCAUCCCCUGCUGGAGCGGGGUUUUUCUUUGUUGAGAAGAAGGACAAGACAUUGAGACCUUGCAUAGAUUAUAGAGGACUGAAUGAGAUCACGGUUAAGAACCGUUACCCACUGCCACUCAUCUCCACUGCUUUUGAACUGCUCCAGGGGGCCACCAUUUUCUCCAAACUCGAUCUACGCAACGCCUACCACCUCGUCCGCAUCAGAGAAGGAGAUGAAUGGAAGACGGCAUUCAACACCCCUACUGGACACUACGAGUACCUCGUAAUACCGUUUGGCCUCACCAAUGCCCCUGCCGUCUUCCAGGCUCUGAUUAAUGAUGUUCUCCGAGACAUGAUCAACCAGUAUGUCUUUGUGUACCUUGAUGAUAUACUCAUCUUCUCCCGGUCCAAAGAGCAACACAUUCAUCAUGUCCAGUCCGUCCUUCAGCGCCUCUUGGAGAACUCCCUGUAUGUUAAAGCAGAAAAGUGUGAGUUCCAUGUUCCUUCAGCAUCUUUUCUCGGAUACAUUGUGGCACAAGGCAGCAUCCAGAUGGACCCAGCCAAGGUCUCAGCUGUUACCUCCUGGCCUGUUCCAGAGAACCGCAAGCAGCUUCAGCGCUUCCUUGGGUUUGCCAACUUCUACCGUCGCUUCAUCCGCAACUACAGCUCAGUAGCAGCCCCUCUCACCAUUCUGACCUCCCCCAAAGUGCCCUUCCAGUGGUCUUCUGCAGCUGCAGCGGCCUUCCAGUUCCUCAAAGAUCGGUUCACCUCAUCGCCCAUCCUCCUGAUGCCUGACUCUGAACGCCAGUUUGUGGUCGAGGUAGAUGCCUCUGAUGUUGGGGUGGGGGCCGUCUUGUCUCAACGCUCAUGCACUGACCAGAAGUUCCAUCCCUGUGCCUUCUUCUCCCGACGCCUGUCCUCUGCAGAAAGGAACUACGACAUUGGUAACAGGGAACUCUUGGCAGUAAAGAUGGCCUUAGAAGAGUGGCGCCAUUGGUUGGAGGGCACGAAGGAACCUUUUCUUGUAUGGACUGACCACAAGAAUCUGGAGUACAUACGCUCUGCAAAGAGACUGAACUCUCGCCAGGCCCGCUGGUCCCUGUUUUUCGCCCGUUUUAACUUCACCCUCUCUUACCGUCCUGGUUCCCGCAAUGUCAAGCCUGAUGCCCUGUCCCGACAGUUCCAGAGGACAGAGGAUUCUGUUGUUGGAGCUGAGACCAUCCUACCUACUUCCUGCCUUGUAGCCUUGUUGACCUGGGACAUUGAGGAGAAGGUGACGGCAGCCACAGAAGGACAGCCGGGCCCCAGCUCCUGCCCGUCUAAUUGCCUCUUUGUGCCACCAGCCUUGAGGUCAGAGGUGUUACAAUGGGCCCACUCCUCCAAGCUCUCCUGCCACCCUGGGAUUCAACGGACACAGCAUGCCCUCCUCCGACGUUUCUGGUGGCCCACUGUGCAAGAGGACGUCCGGGAAUUCGUCAAGGCCUGUCCAACCUGCAGCCAACAUAAGACCUCCCGUCGGCCCCCUGCUGGGCUACUACAACCUCUUCCUGUUCCUCACCGCCCAUGGUCUCGCAUAUCUUUGGACUUUGUAACUGGUCUUCCCACCUCUGAUGGUCACACUGUCAUCCUGACAAUCGUGGACCGCUUCAGCAAGAUGGUCCACUUCGUGCCUCUGCCCAAGCUUCCCACUGCUAAACAGACUGCCCAGUUGGUUCUUCUCCAUGUUUUCCGUCUUCAUGGUCUCCCUGUUGAUGUGGUGUCGGACCGUGGUCCCCAGUUUUCUUCCGUGUUUUGGAGGGAGUUCUGCAGUCUACUGGGUGCUACCGCCAGUCUGUCCUCUGGAUUCCAUCCUCAGACCAAUGGACAGACUGAGCGUAUGAAUCAAGAACUGGAAACAGCCCUGCGGUGCGUGGCCUCGCAGAACCCCUCUUCUUGGGCGUCACAACUUUUGUGGGUGGAAUAUGCCCACAACUCCCUCGUCUGCUCUGCUAUUGGCCUCUCUCCAUUCCAGUGUGCUUACGGCUAUCAACCACCACUUUUUCCAGCCCAGGAGAAGGAGCUCUCCUGUCCGUCAGUCCAAGCCUUCAUCCGUCGCUGCCGCAGAACAUGGCUCCAGGCUUGCUCCACCCUCCUCCGUUCCGUGGGUCGUUACACUGCCAAUGCCAAUUGCCGCCGUACUGCUGCACCUACCUAUCAAGCGGGUCAGCAGGUGUGGCUGUCCACCAAGGACUUACCUCUCCGGGUGGAAUCCAAGAAGAUGGCUCCGAGGUUCAUUGGGCCUUUCACCAUUCAGAGGGUCAUCAACCCUGUGACAGUCAGUUUGAAACUCCCACGGUCCAUGAGAGUACACCCUACCUUCCAUGUCUCCAAGGUUAAGCCAGUCCACAACAGCCCCUUGGUCCCUGCGGCACCACUACCUCCCCCUCCACGAAUGGUCGACGGCGGUCCGGUGUAUGUAGUGCGCCGCUUAAUUCGUUCUCGGCAGCGGGGUAGGGGUCUCCAGUACCUUGUGGACUGGGAGGGUUACGGUCCUGAGGAGAGAUCUUGGGUUCCUGCUCGCCACAUUUUGGACCCCAACCUCGUGGCCAACUUUCAUCGGCAACAUCCUGACCAGCCAGCCAAUGAGUCAGCCCGUCGAGAAACACUCCUCCAGACCCCCUCCACCCACCCUGCUGAAGAGAUGACAAGGUCUUGCUCCCAGGAGUUUUAG